GAUUUCAUAAAAUAUUUGUCGUACGUAGGUACCGUGCGGGAAACUACGGCACUUUUUAAACUUAUGGAUUCGAGGCACGGGAUAUUAUAAUUUAGGACGCGAGACUUAACAGUGACAACAGUGACAUAAUAAUAAUUCUAUAAAUUAUACAAUGUCUGUACAGACCAAUGAGCAAUAAGUACUAAACUUUCUCAUAAUCGUCGCCACGAAAAUAUUUUUUAAUUACAAUUGUUGUUCUUUUGAACAGAGGUUACGUGUUUACAGUUGUGUUUCAUAAUUUCAUAGUAGGCAUACGUGAUAUACGCCAUCGAAACUAUGAUAUUGAACAUCAUAUCUUCCACCGUUAAGACGGURUUCACUGUAACGUGCUUAAAGAUAAAGGAUGACAACAAACUUAGAUUAAUCCCUGGAACACUUAUUGCGUUAGGCAUAUCAUACAGUACUGUGGCAGCAAAAUCAUUGGCUAUUGACAAAUUUAUGGCAGACACUAUUACAGAUUCACAAACAUUAAAAAGUAAACCUGAAGAUAUGAAAACAAUCAUGGAACUUAUGAUUAUGGAUAUACAAGCUCAAUUUUGUAGAGCACUAGAAAAAGAAGAACCAAAAGAAAAGUUUAAAGUAGAUAGAUGGUUAAGACCUGAAGGAGGUGGUGGAAUUACAUGUGUAAUGCAAGAAGGAGAAGUUUUUGAAAAAGCUGGUGUUAAUGUUUCUGUAGUUCAUGGUAAUUUACCUCCCAGAGCAAUCGAUCAGAUGAGAGCUAGGUAAUUGUAAAUAAAAUAAUU